AUGGCUAUCAACCCAGAUCUCGCUAAAGAGCGACGAAAUGCCAGCUUCAAUGUUGAAGAUCUUACCAACUUCAUCUAUCACGGACCAGAAAGAGCAAGAAGGAGGCGUUAUAUUCAGAACAUUGCUCUCCAGGAGCCAUUUUUGAAGAACUGUAAGCCAUGGGCCUUUAGGAAUAGAGAAGAGGAAUAUGAAAUAUCUCUUGAAAAACAGCUCCAUGUCUUUAAGCGCCAGAAAGAACUCAAUAUAACUGAUGAUGUUGACAAGUUCUACUACAAUGAAGCUUCAGCUCCUAGUGAGAACGCCCCAUUUGGUCUACACUUUGCCAUGUUCUUACCAACAAUAGAGAAACAUGGCACUGAGGAGCAGAGAAAGAAAUUUGUACAACUGGCAAAAGACCUCCGAAUCAUAGGAACCUAUGUACAGACUGAACUUGGACAUGGAACCUUUAUCAGAGGUCUUGAAACAACAGCAACCUUUGACCCCAAUACCCAAGAGUUUGUUCUGAACACACCUACUCUCUCAGCAACCAAGUUCUGGCCUGGAAACUUGGGAAAGACCGUCAACUACUGCAUCCUCAUGGCACAGCUUUACACUCAAGGCAAAUGUCACGGUGUACACAUGUUUCUGUGCCCCCUCAGGGAUCUCGACACCCACCAGUCACUUCCAGGGGUGGAAUUAGGUGACAUUGGACCAAAAUUUGGAUUUGGGUCUAAUGAUAAUGGUUAUCUUCGCUUGAACAACUUCAGAAUUCCUCGGGACCAUAUGUUGAUGAGAUAUUCCAAGGUACUAGAAGAUGGAACCUAUUUAAAGCCAACGAACUCCAAACUGUCGUACGGGUCCAUGGUGAUGAUACGUGCUGGCAUUGUUAGCGCAGUGUCUCGGUCCCUGGCUCAAGCCUGUGUCAUCGCUGUCAGAUAUAGUGCAGUUCGAAGACAGACCGAGGUGUCCCCAGGUGGACCUGAGGCCCAAAUUCUAGACUACCAGACUCAACAGCACAAACUGUUUCCUUUGCUAGCUACAGCUUAUGCUUACUAUUUUGCUGGGCAAGCGGUGCAGGCCAGCUUUUUGAAGAUUUCAAAGGAGAUAGAAGCUGGAAAUCUUCAACAGAUGCCUGUGUUACAUGCUCUGUCAGCGGGCUUGAAGGCAUUCAGUUCCUGGGGAGCUUCAGCAGGAAUCGAAGUGUGCCGUAUGUCAUGUGGUGGACAUGGUUACUCCCUAGCUAGUGGGCUUCCAAAGAUCUACACGAAUAUAACCCCAGCCUGUACAUAUGAAGGAGAGAACUCUGUAAUGAUGCUUCAAACUGCCAAAUAUUUGUUGAAAUGUUCAAUGAAAGUCCAAAAGGGAGAAAAACUACCCGAGCUUGUCUCUUACCUUUCUACUGACCUGUCUGCUAAGUCAUGCAUGGCAGCUGAUGUUUCACUUAAGUGCCUGGUCAUGGCAUAUGAACACCGGUCUGCAAGGUUGACCAGUGCAGCAGCAGCAGCAGUUCAGAGGUACAUGAGUGACGGCCAGAGUCCAGAAAAGGCUUUUAAUAUGGCAGCAACUCAAAUGACAUGGGCGGCGAAGGCUCACUGCCAUCAAUAUGUUGUUAAGGUGUUUGUAAACACAGUGGUCGAGGCCAAGAUUGAUGACAGAACAAGAGCUGCACUGACUACUUUGUGUAAACUGUAUGCUGUUAAUGGCAUUAUGGAAAACCUUGGUGAAUUUUUACAGGACCAGUUUUUCAACAAUGAUCAGGUCAAUAUUCUUACUAGGAAGUUGAUGACACUUCUAGCAGAUGUACGACCAGAUGCUGUGGCCUUGGUGGACGCCUUUGACUACCACGACAGAAUCCUUGACUCCUGCAUUGGACGAUAUGAUGGAAAUGUGUAUUAUGCACUAUAUGAGUAUGCCAAGUCAUCUCCACUUAAUGAGAAAGAUGUGCUAGACUCCUUCCAUAAAUAUAUCAAACCGCUGCGAGAGGGACAGACAAGUUCACCUGUCCCGGCCCGAUUAUAAGGGAAAGAACUCUUAUCAACACAAUUGUUGAAAUAGGAAGGAGAACCUUGACCUUCAUGUGAGGACAGGGGGAGAUAAUCCCUAAUAACAUGACUUUUAUGAGAGGGAAAGAAACUGAUGUGAUUCUUAGGAAAUAUUCCAUUCCAGUGUGUUUUAGAACAAAUAUUUUUUUUGUUUUGUUUUUUUUUAAUUGGUGUUUUGCAUUGUAAGAGAAUAUGUUCGCCCACUAUAUUGCUUGUUUAAAGUGGAGAAGAAAAUACAUGUAUCAAAAACAUUUUUAUGCAUGAUUGACUUCUCAAUAUUUGUGUUUAUUGACUUUAAUAAAACUCUCAAAAUACAUCAUUAAAUUAGGAUGUGUGUUUAAGAUUAUUCUAUGCUAAUAUUCUGAGGUCAUUUAAUACAGACUAAUACCAAUCAAUGAGACAUUGUGUUUUAUGAUGAAAUGGCCUUUGAAACUGUAAAGCAACCCUACACUGACGACAGGAGUCUCAGAUGCUCGGAGGUGUGAAAUUUGGGACAACCCAGUAGCUCUGAGGCUUAAUGGCUUCAAAAUAUAAAUUGUGUAAACUUUUUGAUGACCUUGGUUUUGUAAUAUAGAAAAAGAGUUUUCACAUUCAAACUUUAAAGGUAAGCUUACAAUGUUUUUAACGAUCAUGUUUUCAUUACUCUUCACUUGGUUCAUGGAAAGACAUAUAUCUUUUGACCAUAACAGAAGAUUAGUUUUUGUCAGUUAUUCAGUUUUUUUUAAACAGAACAUGUUACUCUGUAGUCAGAAAAAUAAUUUUGGAAAAAGAAAUGGCCUAUAAACAGAUUUUAAGAUUGAAGGUAUUUUGGGAGUAUAUUGUCCCAAUCAUUAUCCCUGAGGCUAGACAUGGACUCACCUUGUCAAUUUAAUCUUCGUGGGCAUUAUAUAGCUCUUCUGAACCUAGUCCUCAAUUUGCAUUAAACGGUGCUAUUUAUUUGUCUUCGUUUGGAUUACAGGUGGUAGACACUGCUGGUGAACAAUUAGUCCCAGAGUUUUACCAUAACCUGCCUGACACAUUUUAAUUCAUUGGAAUAGUGGCAUAGUUCACAAUGUACACUUCUGCAUGAUGUUAUUUUGAAACAAUCAGAUAUAGAAAUAUUACAAAUUGAUAGAAUUAUGGGAUAUAGGACUAAUGCCCGUCGAUUUUGAGAUUUUUUUUAGAUAAAUUUGGAUAUCCUUCAAUCUGGGCCCAUAACAUCACAAGUCCUAGAAGGACAAUACAGGUAUAUCUACUGUAUCUAAUUAUAAGUCUGUAUUAAAAAGUACUAAUCACUUGUGUGUCUUUUUUACAAUGUUGAAGUUGAUUGAAGUUUUGGUUGAUAUUGUUCAGUCAAACUAUCAAAAUAUGAUUCUUCAUGACAAAAGACUACUAAGUCUAUUUUGUAAUUUUUUCAAAUGUUAUGUGAUAUACUUGUUUGAUGUACAGUUUCAUUUACAGAAAUAGUGAUCCCUUGAUUUUUUUAUCGUGUUAUUAUUCAGUGAUAGUUAAAUGAAUAACAGGAGUUGUUUACUACAUUAUUCAGUGUUCAUGUUCAGCAUCACCACCAACUAAUUUGAAAAUGUGGAACUGCAGGUAAUUUUGUGACUUUAUUUUAUUUUUUUUUUUGGUUGUAAAAAUUCAUUUUUUGAACACAUUGUAAUGACUGUGAUAUGUUAAAAAUAGAUUUACAAUGAUAGAUACAAUGUAUACAAAUCUAUAAAAAUAUAGUAUGUGAUCUUUAGUAUGUGUUGAUAUACACUGAAACCUGUCUGAAUUACUGCUGAGAAUACAUUUUGGUCUAGUAUACAGUUACUAUUUUUUGUCCAAAAUUAGCCAAGACUUGAUAUGUGGCCAACAACAUCCUCUAAUAUUUGGUAAAAUUUCUUCAGUGAGAUGUGAAUCAAACAGGUUUUGCUACAUAUCUCAUACCGAACAGAUAUAUUUUUGUAUCCUACUACAUGAGGUAUCUAAAGUUGAUACUGAAUUAUAUGUUUUUCACACUAUUAUAGAAUGCAGUCAAACCUGUCUGAAAUGCUAAUUUUUGGAUUCCUUAUUUAACGUUAUUCAUAGUAAUUGAACCUCCAUGUAAAAGCUACCUGUGUAUAAAGGCCACUUUUUCUGGUCCCUUGAGUGGCCUCUAUAGACAGGUUUGACUGUAUAUUUAUAUAUUUAAUAUGUUAAUUAACCUCAUCACCUCAUAAAAUAAAUGGCAAUUGAUGAUGUGUUUGUUAGUACAAAAGAUUUAAGAAAAAUUCCUGCACUUCUUGAAAUGGAAAUAUUUUUCCAGAUUCUAGAAUGGUCACUUUCACUUUAUAUCAGAAACUUUUCAUAUGCAGCUGUCAAUAAACAUGAUUUGAGAAAAAAACACUUGAUUCAGAAAAUAUUCAAUUUGUGAAAUUUGUAUAUUUUGUAGAGCUACAGUGGGUUUCAUUUUUCCUUCGGAAGAGUAAACAUCAUGUUCAAAUUCUGUAUCAAACAACAGUUGAUAAACAGGAGCUUUCAAUUAUGGCAGAGUUGGAGUAAUUUAAAGAAGAAGGCGGCAUGUUAUGUAAUAUUAAACAGUGACAAAUGUAUCAUGAUUAUAAUCCAGUCUCCUAAGGGAAGUAACUCUAACUAAAAACAGAUUAUUUAUAAAUAAACAAUGUAUUGCCAUAUCAAUUAUGGUAUUUUAUUAUGAUGAUUUAGUUGCAUGGAGAUUUACAAUUUUAUUGUAAAAUUUGGUGUGUAUUUUCAUGGCAGUGUAAUCAAUCAACUGAUUUGUGUUUA